ACAAGAAAUAGAGAAAAAUCGAAAUCGUCGUUGGCAAAUAUCUGCAAAGUAUCGACAACCAUAUGAGAAGAGCAGAGCAGCAGUAUAAGCAUCAAAACAAGCAGAAAAUUAUCGAAUUGAAAAACCAUAGCAACGUCAAAAAUCUCUACGGGGCCAGUGUAUCAUGUUGUUGAGAAGUCAACGCGCAUGACAUUUCCUCAUGAAUCUCGACCGCGAAUGCGGUCGCGCGAGCGUGAGGCAGGGGGAUAACUGCCGAUCUGCGGCUCGUGAUAAAAUUGCCGACAGCGUGUUGUCUGUAGAAGCCGCAAACGGAGUAGGCAGUGCUCUGCAUAGAGAAUCGUAAUUCGUGAGCUGCACAUUGUGACCGCUUACACUAUUGACAACGAAAGAACACGCGCGAGCCAGCCGGUGAACUACACCUUCCUUCGUCCUCUAUAUUAACGAUCUUCGAAAGCGUCGGCUCACCGAAUAAAGCUGCGGGACUCGUUCUCGUGUCCGCGUGCUUGCUCCUGCAAUUAUGGCGGAGAAAAUGACGCACGUCGGAGCCAAGUUCGGCGUGAGCGCUAUGCUCGAUGUCGACAAACUCCGUGACAAACGAAUACACGAUGCUGAUGCUCCAAAAAUCGUGGAGCUGGGUCAAGCUUGGGCAAAGCUUGGUCCCAGACCCAUUAUCAAAUCCUACUCCACGAAUACUUUCAAGAAGCCAACGAAACUACCAAGGUACUUAGACUUACGAUUUUCUAGAUCUUCCACUUUUCCUCCUGGAUUGGAAGAUACAGGAAAUUUCAAUAUCGGGCAGCCGUUCGGACCCACGCCCACCAAAAACAAACUAGUUUCACAAAUUACAACUUUGCAGGAUAUCGCGGAAGAAGAUGGCGCAAGCCGAGUCAUUAUCUUCGCUCCCAGCCGCGGAAUCUGAGGACUCCCCAAUUGUAGUCGAAGAAAUGGAGACCAAUGUCCUCGACCCCGAGGAAGGUGGGGUCCCUUCGCAGUUAAUGGACACAAUUCUUAGGGAGGGAACGUCGCCUGACGCUUCACCAAUUCGCAAAGCCAUACUUGAAUUCGAGGAAGGCACAUCAACUGGUAUAACGAGAAAAGGCAUAGCUGACUGUGGAGGACUGGCACCGAGCCAAUUGAACAAACCUUUGCCGCCAUAUGGGCUGUUGGUACCUCCGAAGCACCUAGCAGAGUCUAGUUUAGAAGCAGACACAAUCCUCAAUGCCAGACUAGACGACAUUGAGCAUGAAGGCGGUAAUCAGAAAGCUGGAGAGAGACCGGGAAGAAAACCCAGGGAAGCGUCACCAGGUACCUCAACCCCUUGAACUAUAAGUCAAUAGAUGUACGAGACGAAGAAACUGUGUCAAGAAUCUUAGAUGAAAACAUGUCAGCUGUACUAGCAAGUCGCAGAAAUGUUUUGAAAAGUCCCAUCAUCAGAUAUUGACCGCUGUUUCUCUUCAAAAAUUCCAGUUCCCAUCGUGGGUAGCUCGGCGUCCUCUAGUUCGUCGGCGACUGUCGACGAGCAGCAGCGGCGUUCGAAGGAGCGACUAGCGCUCCUGGUCGGUUCGCAGCUGUUCGAGAAAGCGGAAGACGUGGAUCUAGGGGAGCUCGGCAGUGACGAGCUGGAGAAGUUUGACGUACCAGACCGUUUCGAGGACAAAACGGAGGCGGAGUGGAUAGACGAGUGCUCAGCGGAGCCGGAUAGCAUCCAUGCACAUGUGUUGCACUUCGAGGACGGUGAUUGGAUCUUGAAAGAGUGCUGGGUUCGAGACUUUCGAGAAGGUCGCUAUCUGUGCGAACUGCUGGGGGGCUCCAUCAAGUGGGUGAAGCGACUCUGCCUGCGGUUUGUGCGGGAAGACCCAAGGAAAUGGGCGGACCGCAUAAAGACUGCAAAGAUGAAGCGGCAACAGGCAAUUUUGCAACAUAAGCUCUUGCGAUACAUCGAUAGCGUGUCGGGCGAGCGGACGACCGAGAUGAGCCGAACGCAGAAGGAAAGCUUUGUGUCGCAGGGCUUAACCACACUAGAGCCGAAACAGUUCGCCCGGGAUCCAAUGUCAGCCUAUUACGUUGACAUCAGCGUAGACGAGCACGCAAGCAGCAACGACGAGGGUGGCGGAGCGUCAAUGGGCUUGACGGCUGGGGCGGGCGCCAAUAACCCAGGUGCCAUCGAGAAGACGAGGUAUCUGCAGCAGUACGUGCCCAAAGUUCGAGAACUUAUGUUCGAAGUCGAGUCGGUGUAUUUGUGGAGUAUGAAACUCUCGAUUACGAAGCAGAACUUGAUCGAGCGUAACGGCUUCCCCGACGCCUACAUCCCAGGCGAUCAGGAGUUCUAUUCCUUGCUCGUCCCUUUCCUGCCAGCCUCGCAGCAGUUUCGCCUCUAUGCUCUAGCGGAAGCCCGAGAGGUAGAGAAACGAAAAAAGAUGGAGUCAGACCUCGAGGCCUUCGACAAGUUCGGACCGAGUGCGGACAAGGGUAUAGAGGGCAUGAUGGCCGACGGCGGUGCUGAGGAUGCGAUGUCACCAAAGCGUGCGCCACGACCGUUCCUAGACCUGAUGCAGCGACGAAAGCAGCAUGUUUACGACGCGUACACACUUGCCUCAGUGCGUGAGGCCCUUUCCUUUUUCGGAUUAGUGGAACCGAUGCCCGAAGGGUCCCUCCAUGUGCGCGACCGCGUUCCAGUGUUAGUGAGCAAGAUGAACCGCAAACAGGAGGGCCUAGUGCGCACGACCUUCGAGAAGUUCAGGCAAAUGAUGGACUUGAGUCUCCUAGACUGUGAUCGUGGUCAGAACUUAGCCAUUCUUCAGAUGGGGAUGUCCAACGCUGAUCCAGGAAGAACUGCGCAAAAACUGAAACAGCUGAAGAAGCAGCAGCAACAGAAAAUGCUCGUCGGCUCCGGCAAGGCGUCGUCAAGCACUAGUAAGAAAGGCAUCGAAAUCAACGGGAAGGUGGUUGAGUACGCCCUUCUCGGACGAGGAAACGCGUUUCCAGCCAAGAUCUUCGGAACAACUGGAGCAGACUUCUACAACAACUACAUGCACCGAGUACGGGACAAGGAGGCUCUUGACUUUUUGCAGUCACCAGUCGAGCUGUCCGACUUAUUGCUGCACAUGCACCAGCAUCGCGUGCAGGUACAACAGAUUCUGGCGCAGGACUGGCGCGAUUUCAUUGUCUCCGACGUUGUCGACCGUUGUGGUGACAGCUACAACUUUUUCACCGACGACUUGGAGAAGCAUAUGGCUAGUGAAUUCCAUCCCUUUCUGCACAAGCUGGAUUUGGUGCUGCAUUCACAGCUUCGCGAAUUUUUUCAGACAUCGAUGCAGCGGUGGGUCGAGUUUUUUCUGCUCUACAAAGACGCGUCCCUCAACAUCCUCAAGGUGGGUGAGCACUACGUGCCAGACAACACGCCCGGCUCGGGCAUGAUCGAGCGCAGAAGGCGUAUGCAAGAGGCAGCCCGCAAGAAGGCGGAAGAGGCGCGCAGAAAAGCAGAAGAAGAAGAGGCACGUCGGAAAGCCGAAGAAGAGGCGGCAGCUGACCUAGCGAGGCGGAUCGCAGAGGGCGAAGAACCCCCACCGGCACCCAAAGCCAAGGCCGCACCCAAGGCCGCCGCAGCACCCGCGGCAGUGGAGACCCGCGAUAGCAGUUUUGCCGAGGACGGGUCUGCGGAGGUAGAGGAACGACCACCUCCAGCAAGCCCUAUGAAGAGCAUGUUCGCGAAGCGGUCGCAGCCAGUGCCCUUCGAGUGUUCAGUAGUGCAGCCAGAGCCGCUGCUCAUCAUCCACUGUGUGUAUGAUGAGGAAACCAAGAAGGUCGCGUUUAGACCGAGCUUAAAGGACCUAGAAGAACAAUUCGCAAACUUGACUUACUGCUGCGCCGACGCCGUUUCAGAAGUCAUGGCGGUCGAAUUUGAAAUGGUCAGCUGCUGCAACAUGCCGGCAACGAAGCUCUUCCAGGUACCUGAGGCUAUCCUUCUGAUCAUUUAGCAUUAUCCUCCGGAAUAGUAUACCAGAGAGCAUGGGCACGACGGGCUGGAAGUUAUGAUUUUUGUUUUCGUCCACGUCCUUGCCGCUUCCCCCACUGCCACUUGCAUUUUGUUCAACAGACUAUGUAUUCUUGGUAAUCCUCAUCUUCCAUCUAGGUGACGAAGGACGCACCGGUUAUUCAGGACGCAGUGAAGGUGGUUUGCGAGGUGCUGCAUCUGCUCUACCAAAUCCCAGAGAGGGAAAUCCUGCAGAAGUACCAGCGAUUCACGUAUUUGUUUGACGAGCCGGAGCCUUUGAACAUGCGGAAGUGGGAAGAAGUGCUAGAUGAGUUGCAGAAACUCGAGCAAGCCCGGGACAAGAUCGACAUGGUAUCCGGCGUCGUGGAGUCGUUCCCGCUGUUCGAAAUUCACUGCUACGAAGUGCUAGACACGUACAGAAAGCGCAUUGACGAGCUGAUGCAGUCGAUUUUGUCAAGGUUGCAAGACGAUGUGACCACGCAACUGGACGAGUUGGAUGCGGACUGGAAGGUCUGCCGACGAAGAUUGACAGAACCGGUGGAAAACGAGGAUCAGAUGAGCGAUCUGAAGAAGUAUCUGCCGGCACUGCAAAAGAAUGUGAUCAAUCCGCAGCUCGCAAAAUUGAAGCUCAUUGGACAGCAGAUUAUGGUGCUUACACUUUUGCUUUUCUAAAUUGAAUUGGUGCUUUCACUCAAAGUCGAUGGUGAGGUGGAAUUUUAUUCAUUAAUUUUAAUAUCUAGUUAUCUAGCGUUAGCGUUUGCAUAUGGUUGUCUCUGAAUGUGAUAAAACUGUUUUUAUGCCUUGAUUCUUCAAUCACACUUUCCUUGAUUCCAGGUCCUUCACGAGUUGAAGUACAAGGAGCUGGACCGCACGUUAGUCGAGAGGCAAUUCGACGCUUUCCAUUGGCCACAGACAGUGCUUGUGGAUCGGGAGAAGCGUUUGGUAGACCUGACGAAGGAACAGAUGAAGUUCCAGCAAGUUCUGCAAUCAGAGAAAGAGCAAUAUGCACGAGAUUUCCAGAAAUGGAAAGAGGACUUGCAAUUCGUCAAGACAAAGAUGGACAACUUCAGCAAGGCGAAGGACUACGACAAACUCGUCACCGGUUUGAAUUAUGGCUUGUGGUCUUGGUUUGUUUCCAGUGCUAUACCUAUGUGGUUGAAAAAAAUCAACAAUUAUGUAGAGACCUGCAUAGAUGAUCAUUCAAUGUACAUCGAAAAGCCAUAAGCAUAACCUGUCAUAAGCAAUCCACGAUAUUCCCCUAUACUCUUCUGAUUCCGUCUUCGCAUGCUUAUCUCUUCGUGAUUUGAUCUGAAGAUCGAUGAACAUCAACACAUGAGAAUCUUGGGGGACAGUCUAAUUCCUGGAUGCAUUGAUCGACGCAAAGCGACGAUUGGACGAUUUCCGCAAGCGCGAGUCGUUGUUUAAUAUCGAGCUCAGUGAGACAGAACCACUCGACGAGCUCAGUGAGGAGUACGAGGACUACUACUCAUUGUGGAACAUCGCAAUCGAUUUUACCUACAACCAGGAGGAGUGGACGCAAGCCAAAUUCACGACACUUAACGCGACAGACGUCAUGGGCAACUGCGAAACUUGGUUCAAGACUGCCUACAUUACGAAACAGAACCUAUAAAUUAUUUAUUAGAUGUAGUGCCCAGCUGUUCUUGUAAUUUACAUGGUGAUGUGUUGAACUUCUUGUUCAUUUUUAGCGCCCUCCCGGAUUAGAAAUAGGGAAGUUCCAUAAUUCAAGGGCAGUUAACAAGUUAAAGUUUCAGCCGUUCUCUCAGACCGCUCAUGUGUAACAUCAAUGGAGCGGUACAACAAUCAUGUUGUGAAGAAAAAUAAGUGAUAAAAGCGUUAAUCUUGAAAUGUCGAAGCUGUUCGAUCAGCAGCCGGUGCAGCUGAAGGUGGCGACCGCGUUGGUCGAUGCUUUGAAAGAGUUCAACAAGAAACUGCCUUUGAUUGAGAGUUGCUGUCAUCCGGCUUUCGAAGUGCGUCAUUGGAACCAGAUUUUUUUCGAUAACAUGGAUCUCGACGUCGAUGCUCUGCCUGAAUUCGCGGAUUAUACCAUGAGCUUGAAGCAGCUGGAGGAGCAGAACAUCAUGCAAUUCAUCGACGUGAUUCAGGAGGUCUCCGCGGGAGCGCAGAAGGAAUACUCUUUGCGUGUGGCGCUACAGAACAUGAAGCGCGAGUGGGACCCCAUGAUCUUCGGGACCAUGUCGUACAAGGAAACCGGCACGUAUUUGCUCCGUGGCUUAGACGACGUGCAGACGCUGCUCGACGACCACAUCAUGAAAACGCAAGCGGUGCGCGGGUCGCCCUUCUGCAAGCCGUUCGAGCGCGAAUGCCGGGACUGGGAAGCAAAGCUCCUCUACAUCCAAGACUCUCUGGACCAGGUUUUACAAUGUCAGAAACAGUGGCUGUACCUGGAGCCGAUCUUCGCUUCCGAAGAUAUCGUGCGGCAGAUGCCGGCGGAGGCGUCAAAAUUUAAACGCGUAGACGAGCGAUGGAGGGAAACGCUGGCGAUUAUCUCGACAAACCCAAGUGUGAUCGAGUUCGCGGACAUCGAAAACUUGUACACAAACUUCGUGGAGGCGAACGUUCGACUCGACCAAAUCACGAAGGGACUCAACGAUUAUCUAGAAACGAAGCGGUAUAAUUUUUCUUUAUUGAAUAUGAAUCAUGCUCACUUUGUUCUCGAUCCCGUUGUCUUUCAUUCACAGUACGUAGAUUUAUUCUUCUUUUUCAUCGUGAAAACUCACUUAUCAUUCAUCCAUUCUUAAAACUCCUUCAGAUUGUAUUUUCCACGAUUUUUCUUCUUGUCGAACGACGAGUUGUUGUCGAUUCUGUCCGAGACGAAGGAUCCGACCAAGGUACAACCGCACAUGGGUAAAGCCUUCGAAGGUAUCGCCAAGGUACGGUUCGACAAGAAUAGCCAGAUUAUCGAGGCCAUGAUUUCCGCAGAGGGUGAAAUCGUAGAGCUCAUCAAGAAGAUCAAUGUCGACGCGGGUGAGAACAAGGGCAACGUGGAGAAGUGGCUUCUGGAGGUCGAACAUAGCAUGGUCGCGACGCUGAAGGACGUGACGACGAAGAGUAUCAAGGACUACCAAUCACGGGCGCGUACCGAUUGGGUGGUCAGUUGGCCAGGUCAGGUUGUUAUUUGCGUAGACAUGAUUGUUUUCUCGGAUAAUGUGGGCAAGGCGCUGGAAGAGAAGAAUAUUCAACGCAUGAGCGAGCAGAUCGAGGCCGAGCUCUCUGAUGUGGUCGUUUUGGUGCGAGGUGAGCUGCCCAAACUUGCGCGACGAACGCUUGGUGCCAUGACAACAAUCGAUGUGCACAACCGCGAUGUUGUGAACGAUUUGGUGAAGAAAAACGUCGAUGACCCAGCCGCGUUCGACUGGAUCGCGCAAUUGCGAUACUACUGGCACGAGCCCAAGGAGGUGAUCAUGAAAUUGACCGGCAAGCCGAACGACACAGUGGAGUGCUCAGUGCGUAUUAUCAACUCGCUGCUCUACUACGCUUUUGAGUAUUUGGGAAACAGCGACCGACUGGUGAUCACAGCGCUCACGGAUCGAUGCUACCGUACGUUGAUGGGAGCGUUCGAUCUCUACUACGGCGGCGCACCGGAAGGCCCGGCCGGGACUGGUAAGACGGAAUCGGUGAAGGAUUUAGCGAAAGCACUCGCGAUUCAGUGCGUCGUCUUCAACUGCUCCGAUGGUCUCGAUUUCUUAGCGAUGGCGAAAUUCUUUAAGGGUCUAGCCGCAAGUGGCGCCUGGUGCUGCUUUGAUGAGUUUAACCGUAUCAAUGCGGAGGUGUUGUCGGUGAUUGCGCAGCAGGUGAUGACAAUUCAGAUGGCGAUUAUCGAGAAGAAGAAGCGGUUCCUCUUCGAAGGGACAGAGCUCAGCCUGAUUCCGACCUGUGCCGUGAACAUCACGAUGAACCCGGGUUAUGCCGGCCGUGUCGAGCUUCCGGAUAACCUGAAGGCGCUGUUCCGACCUUGCGCGAUGAUGGUAUGCUCUUUCAUACUUUUCCAUUCAUGGUUGUGCGUGUGUUUAUGCAUCAAAAACGCUUGCUGAUCAUAGGAGAAUCAUGCCCUGUCGACCAAAGUUUGAUUCGGUCUUUGAUUGAUGCCUCCCUCACACAUUACUUCCACCAGGUUCCCGAUUACGCCAUGAUUGGUGAGAUCUUCCUGUACUCGUAUGGGUUCCAGUACGCCAAGGAUCUCGGUAUUAAGGCUACGCAGGCCUUGCGUCUAUCGUCAGAACAGCUUUCGCCCCAGGCGCAUUACGACUUCGGUAUGCGUGGUUUGAAGUCUCUUCUAGUUGCGAGCGGUAACAUGAAGCGUAAAUAUGGCGACAAGUUUCCGGAGUUCACACUUGCGCUCCGUGGUUUCUUAGAUGUCAACUUGCCAAAGUUUACGGCAGCUGAUGUGCCACUAUUUGACGGUAUUGUCGGCGAUUUGUUCCCUGGUGUCGAAUUGCCGCCAGCCGACACAGAGCUCUACGAGAAAGCACUUACCGAGGCUUGCGUGGAGCUUGGCCUGCAACCCACCAAAUACUUUAUUCUCAAGGCGAUUCAGUUGUUCGAGACACUGGUGGUGCGACACGGUCUCAUGACGGUGGGUCUGCCGCCAUGUGGCAAGACGUCAAUCAAUAAUGCGCUCAGCAUCAUGUUGGAGAAGUUGCAGGAUGGCGAAAACUUGAGACCGGUGAUAAAAUACAUCUUGAACCCCAAGUCCAUCCCGAAGGACAACCUCUACGGAUCCUUCGACGAAAACACACAUGAGUGGGCAGACGGCGUGCUCGCAGUAGCAGUGCGAAUGGCAUCAAGCGGAGAGGAAACGCAUAGGCACUGGGUAAGAGUCCCUCUAUCCUGUACUUUCUUCGUUGUUUUAAUAAUAGCAAUAAUCUUCUUGGCUGGAGUUUCUGUGUGCGUCUUUUAUUACUUCUCAACAAAAAUGCGAUGUAUAUCGAAGCCAAUAUUUCUUUAUUCCUAUCUCGUCCAUAGGUGGGUCUCUGACGCGAGGCGUGCUGCAAAUCUAGAUUCGUCCUCCCAAAAAUAUCGCCUUUUUGGGAGGGUGUAGGUAUCGCGACGCUCAAAGCACACAAAGUAAAUUAGCCGGCUAAUUUUCCUCGAUAGUUCGGAGAUCGUUCGUAACCCUUUUCGCAAUUUAUUCCCAUCUCGUCCAGGUUAUGAUGGAUGGCCCGAUCGAUGCUAUCUGGAUUGAGGAUAUGAACACUGUUCUGGACGAUAACAAGAAGCUUUGCCUCCUGAGUGGUGAGAUCAUCAAGCUUUCCCCAAGUGUGAACAUGAUGUUCGAGACCGCAGAUUUAGCCGUCGCUUCCCCAGCAACAGUGAGUCGUUGUGGUAUGGUUCUGAUGGAGCCAGAAAACGUGAGUUGGCGACCACUGAUUCAGUCGUGGAUUGCUCGACUGCCAGAACACAUCGAGGACAAGGUGAAGGAGCAGAUCUACGAGAUGUUCGACGCCCAUUUGGAUAUGACGAUCGACCUCGUCAAGCGCAUGCGCGUCGCUUUGCCGACCGAAACCGCGGGCAUCGGUCUGCAUGGCUGGAUGGGUGUGCAAGUCGGCAGGCUGCUCGAGUCAUUGCUCGUGGCACAUGCGCCCGCGCCAGGGGAGGGGCCAGACGGUAAGCCAACGAAGAGUCUGAACUUGAAGGAGAUGGAAACACGUGUGGACAUCUUGUUCUACUUCUCGCUCCUCUGGACCGUUGGCGGGUGCAUUGAGGAGGGAAAGCGCCCGCUGUUUGAUCAGUUCUUGAGAGAAAUUAUCACGGGUGGAGACGGCGGCUUCUUGACUCCAGAACAGCUGCGAGACAAGUACGAUCUUUUGGAGACCAAGUGGCGCCACGUGCCCUCGAAACAGCAGCUUCCGGAUCCAGAAAAGGGCAGUGUCUACGACUUCUUCGUGGACGAGCAGCAGGGGAAGUGGGUUCCGUGGCUCACGCUCAUCAAGCCGCACAUGACCGCCAUUCCAGACAGUACUACUUUUUAAUCAGAUUUGUUGUAGUUCUUUUCACGUGCUGGAUCUUCGCAACGUAGUUUCUACGUGAAUAAGGCUUCUGACUGGAUCUCCAAUCGUCUCUAUUUUCUUAACUCUCAGAUGCGCAGUUUCACAACAUUAUCGUGCCGACGGGUGACACCGCGCGCAACCAGUACCUCAUGCAAAUCUAUUGCGCAAAGCAGCCACAUCAAGUCAACGUGCUCUUCUGCGGUAUCACCGGUACAGGAAAAACAGUUGCGGUCCAGAACCAACUGCUCACCGGAUUUGAUGAAGAAAGUAUGAUUUUUGUUAGGUUUGCUCAUUCAUUUCGUGCUAGUGCUACUUACUUUCAUCUUCCCGAACGCGAUCAAGAAUCUAUAAGGCAAACUUGGUUUCACAUACCAUUAUGAGGAAGGUGACCUGUUCGAGAUCAUCGACUAGUUGUAUCUAUGAUUUCAUUGCUCCUCGACCUCGUGCUUUCUUUCACCUUCCAGAGUUCACGUCAAUGUCCUUCGCAUUCUCUGCGGCCACUACGUCGAAGCAAACGCAAGAAAUCAUUGACGGAAAGCUCGACAAAAGGAGGCGAGGUGUAUUUGGACCACCAGUGGGCAAGACAAUGGUAAUUUUCGUUGAUGAUUUGAACAUGCCGACAAAGGAAGAGUAUGGAGCUCAGCCACCGCUCGAGAUUCUACGACAGUUCUUCUGCCAGCAAGGUAAUGCGAGAUUUUGAUUUACAACAGUGGACGAUAUGACGUCACACCUUUCGUAUGGUCUGUCUGGCAGAUGUUGGAUGUCUAGGAUAUGCACCGUGACACUAUACACACAGCAACACAUAUUUAUAUUUAUUUAUUAUGAUAUCCGCGUUGCUUCCAGCGUCCUCUCCUUUCCUCCUCGAUGACUUAAGUAUCUUUCCAUCAUUCACUGCGUCACCUUGUAGUAGUCGACGGGCCUUCUUAUAGUAAUACUUCGUUCCCUUAUGAUAUCCGCUUCUUUUCAGGUUGGUAUGACCGCAAGACGAAUGAAUUCCGACAACUGGAGGACCUCCUGUUUAUCGGAGCCAUGGGUCCCCCAGGCGGAGGCAAGAACACGAUUCCAGCAAGGUUUUCCUCUAUUUUUGAUCAUCUCAGAAGGGAGCUGUAAUUCUCGAUGGAUAAUGUCAUACCUAUUGACGUCGAGGACUUAUGAUCCGCAAAAAUCUUACUGUCACUUUUCCUGUUCGUAAGUACUUUUACAUAGUUAGUUAUUUUCUCCCACCUUGACCGUCACACUUCCAGGUACUUGUGGCACUACAAUCUGAUCUUUGUCACGCCGUAUUCCGAGGAGGGUCUUGGGCGCAUCUUCAUGUCAGUGUUGAAGUGGUUUUUCACGCCUUUCCCGUCAAGUAUCUCGCAAGCCGUACCCAAUCUCGUGAAAGCCUCCUUGGAUAUGUAUGAAUCCGCGUCAGGCCUGCUGCGGCCAACGCCGACGAAGAGCCAUUAUGCCUUCAACUUGCGUGAUUUGAGUAAGAUCUUCCAGGGUCUCACCCUCUGUAGUAAACCGAGUUUGCCGGAUGUCGACUCGCUUGUACGCUGCUGGGCGCAUGAGUGCUCUCGUAUCUUCGAGGAUCGCCUGAUCAACGACGAAGACAAAGCCGCAUUCAAGGAACUGCUGAAGGAGAAGAUGGAGGAGCACUUCAAGAAGAAGUGGCCCGUGACUGUGAAGCUAGAGCCUUUGAUUUUUGUGGAUUUCAUGAACAACAAGCAGAUCUACGAGGAAGUGACAAGUCAUACAGACUUGAUUGCGAAGGUGCAGGAACUGCUGAACGACUUCAACGCGGUGGCGAAACAUCAAAUGAACUUGGUGCUCUUUUUGUUAAGGCUAGCCAAUCAUUAUCUGGUGUGGACUAUGCUGCGUGGAGUCCCUUUGGAAUUCAAUGGGACCUGAGGGGGGAAAAAGAAAAUCCACUCGACCAGGGAUAGUGAUUGGCUACCUUUAAUCUUGAACUUCGUAAACCACGUAUCGAAAAUUGUCCGCGUGCUGCGGUUGCCUUUAGGCAAUGCCUUGUGUGUGGGUGUAGGCGGAAGUGGUCGGAAAUCCGUGUCGACAUUAGCUAGCGCAAUAUGCGAAUAUGACAUCUUUCAGAUCGAAAUUUCGAAGAGCUAUGGUACUUCCUCUAUGUACUUGUGAUAGAUUUUGAAAAUUGAAGAAUCUGCAUGGGACGAUAGUCCUUCUUGUAAGAGUGUAGCAUUGAUGUAGUAGAAAUGAGCUUUCUUUGAUGACCUUCUUUCCCUUUGGCGUUAUUGAUUACCAUUUUUUCACGUUUUUUUUCUGCUAUCUCCUACAAAGGUGCAAUAGAAAUUGAGGUAAGACUAUGAAUUCACUCUUUUUCCUAUAUGUUCCCCCCGUCGCCAAUAUCAAGGUCCGGCCGAUUGGCAUGACGAUUUGAAGCGGCUUUUGAUCAAUUGCGGUGGCAAGCAGAAGCCGUUUACUUUCCUCUUCAGCGAUACUCAGGUGCAGCGGGAGUCAUUCUUGGAGGACAUUUCCUCAAUUUUGAACACUGGUGAGGUUCCGAACUUGUACAACAUGGAAGACAAGUCUCAGAUCCUCGAUAUGUGUGCUAAAGGGGCACAAGCAGAGGGAAAGAUGGGCAAUGCUGCGGUCUUUGCCUGGUAUGUUGACCAGUGCAAGAAGUUCCUACACAUCACGCUCUGUACUUUAUCCUUUUUUGAUACAAGCAAACUGUAGCAACACAUGUUUUUCCGUAGACACCAAUCACGCAAGAAGGCCUAGGUCGAUGGUUUCUAUAUUGCUAUCACCCUUUACAACCAAAUGCUCUGAUCGCUUGUGGUUACUUCGUUCAAUACAAUACUCCUGGCCCUCCUUCGUUCUAGGUCUUUCUCCGAUCGGUGCGGCCUUCCGCCUCCGACUUCGAAACUAUCCGUCACUCGUAAACUGCUGUACUAUCGAUUGGUUCCUUACCUGGCCAGACGAGGCUUUAGAGUCGGUUGCGAAGCAAUUCCUCAAGAAGGAGUUUACAGAUAAAGACGGGAACGUAUUGCUUUUUCAAUGAAUGUUAGUAAUAGUACUCGAUGUUGAUUUUUCUUGUUGACGUUCCUCGAGGAGUUUUGUGAUUGUGCCCUCCUUCCUAAGUCAUCAACCUUUUCUCUUUUGCACUUGGCGAUGUGUCAAAAAACGGUAUCACUCACCCACCAGGUCGACGAGGUGACCUUUGCUGGAAUUGUACAGACGUGCGUCAAAAUGCAAGGUGGCGUAUUCAAACUCACUGAGCGGUUCCGUAACGAGAUCCGAAGGCACUACUAUGUGACGCCAACGAGUUACCUCGAGCUGGUGAACUGGUACUCAUUGCUAACCAAUUGCAUGAUUUAUGGUUGCCGAGACAAAAAUCACGUGUGCAGUUUUUCAUAUUGUCACAUGCCAACAAUAGACGAAUGAGUUGCACUUCUACAGGUUUGAUUUCUGUUUCAGCUCACCUCGACAUCUGCACAAACUCACACUCCUCACACCUACUUUUGUCUCAUGACGUCACAGCUUCAUGUCCCUUCUCGGGAAGAAGAAGAACGAGGUUAGCACCGCGAAGAGCCGAUAUGACGUCGGGUUGGACAAGAUUAUGUCGACCGAAGUGAUGGUCCAAGAUAUGCAAAAAGAGCUCGAAGAUUUGCAACCAGUCCUCGUCAAAAUGACGAAGGAAAACCAGGAACAAAUGGUCGUCAUCGAGAAGAGCUCGAAAGAAGCUGCAGUGACGAAAGGUGCUAGACAUUUUGUAGCCUCUGGUUGUACAAGAUCAACAUAAUUUUUGUUCACUUUAAAUAUAUUCAUGCUCAUCCAUGGUGGCAAGAAGAAAAACUACCACGUGGUCUGCUACGUUUCGUGAAGUUUCAAACUGAAAAAAAACAUUGACAAUCGAUCCACUUCAACUUGAUAACUUCUACUCAUCCAGGUUUGAUCGAGGAGGAAGAAAAAGAGGCGAACAUCAUUCAGGCGGAAGCCAGUAAGAUGGCAGAGGACUGUCAGAGAGACCUUGACGAGGCGCUUCCGGCACUCCAAGCCGCUGUGUCAGCAUUGAAUAGCCUUUCGAAAGGUGAUAUUGUGGAAGUGAAAGCGAUGAAGUCGCCGCCGCCGGGUGUGAUUCUGACAACGCAGGCACUGUGUAUCAUGUUCGACGUAGCACCUAUGAAAAUAAAGGACCCAGCCGGAGGAAACAAGAAAGUCGAUGACUUCUGGGAGCCAGGGAAAAAGAAACUCUACGGCGACACAAAUCUGCUGAAGCGCAUGAUCGAAUACGACAAAGACAAUAUUCCAGAAGCGACAAUAGCGAAGGUACUUAUGCUUUUUGUACACGAAUUCAAUUAUAUUAAUGUGAUGAUCUUAGGUACAGUACCGUUCAUCACGACCGUAUUAAACGAAGUGCACCCUGAGACGUCGUGUCCGUUAAGUAAACACUGAACUCCACUAAUAUUGAUUUGUGUCGCACGUCGAGCAACCAAAAGCGCUAUCUCUCCGUCUCAACCAUACACAGGUCAAGCCCUUCGAAGCGGAUCCGAACUUUGAUCCCGAAGCAGUGAAGAAGAGCAGUGUUGCUGCCGCCGGUAUGUGUAAAUGGGUCCGGGCCAUGAUAGUCUACGAGCGCGUGGCACGCGAGGUCGGGCCGAAGCGCGAGGCCCUGGCCGCUUCGCAGGCCAAGCUGAAACAGGCUGUUGAUAAAUUGGCCUUGAAGAAGGCAGAACUCAAAGAAGUGCUGGAUAAAUUGCAGGAAUUGGAGGACGGAUUGGCAGCGAGCAAGAAGAAGUCAGCCGAGCUCGCACAGCAGGUGCAAGACUGUAAAACGCGACUAGCAAGAGCAGAGAAGCUGAUAUCCGGAUUGGGCGGUGAAAAAGGUCGAUGGCAAAUCAGCAGUAAGAAGCUAGGAGAGGCGUUCAUCAAUCUGGCAGGUGCUUCAAACGGAUUCAAAAUGCACCAUUGAAUAAAUAUUAAUUUAUCGACUGUAUUUAAGGUUUGUCCAGAGCUGCCAGUAUCAUAGAAAUACUGUCAGACCACGGCCCUACGGUCAUCAUGAACGAUGGCAACAGGGACAACUGCAUGCGCGUAACCAUGUGCCUUUACUUGUACCACGCAGCGGAUUAAGAUGUAGUAACAAUUACGAGAUGUAGCUAGAACUUAUUUUCAGACUAGCUCCACUUGUUUUCAUCACGUCGCUGUCCCUGUCGGUCUGUCACCGUUUUUUCGUUUCUCCCUACUAAAACAGGUGAUAUUCUCAUUUCGUCCGGUAUUAUUGCCUAUCUGGGUGUCUUUACGAUGGCGCUGCGUUCAGAGGAGGUUCAGAGUUGGACCGACACGCUGAACACUGCAGGCAUCCCGUGUACUCAGGACUUCAAGCUUGCUGAGAUCAUUGGAGAGGCUGUGACAAUCCGACAGUGGGUGAUCGACAAAUUGCCGAACGACGCUUUGUCCAUCGACAAUGCCAUAAUGAAGGACAACUCGGCGCGAUGGCCGCUGAUGAUUGAUCCACAGUUGCAGGCAAACAAGUGGGUUCGAACGACCUUCGGAGAGGAAUUGAAGGUCCUGCGAUUGACGAAGAGCGACUACGCACGACAUUUAGAGACCUGUAUCCAAUUUGGAAAGCCGGUGCUGAUCGAAAAUGUGGGUGAAGUGCUAGAUCCGAUGCUGCAGCCUCUGCUGGAACGCGCGAUCUUCAAGGCAGGCUCCCUGUCCAUGAUUCGUCUGGGCGACAACACGAUCGAAUACAACGCGAAAUUCAAGCUCUUCUUGACAUCAAAAUUGCCGAAUCCGCAUUACGCACCAGAGGUCUGCGUCACCGUUAUCAUUCUCAAUUUCGUCACCACAAUCGAAGGUCUCACGGACUCGCUGCUGGCGCUUCUCGUAUGAAUAUAUUGAAAUGAUAUUGAUAGAGCUGCUACUGCUUCUUGAAUGAAAAAUGUUGCUCCUAUUUUUGAAUAAUAUUAUAUUUUCUUUGAAGAUAGGAGUAUACUUGAUGAUAACUGCCCUUUUCGCUUUUCUAUCUUCCUCUGGUCUUUCUUUUUUCUAGUUAGGUCUGCUCCGCCACGAAUAAUAUUACUUUCUUUCAUCGUGAUCUGUCACCGAUGUGGUCCUUCUAUCGUAGAAUUUGUUAACGAGAAAUUAAGUCAGGUUUUCCAAAGGGGAUAUUCUGUUGAUAGGCUCGGUAAACAACAAACAUCUUAUGCGCUCUCCCUGCACAGGUUGCAAAAGAGUCGCCCGACGUAGAACGUAAACGUGUAGAGCUCGUGGUAGAGAGUGCAAAUAGUGCAGCGCAGUUGAAGGAGAUCGAGGACAAGAUCCUUUAUCUCUUGUCUGCGAGCACUGGUAAUAUUCUUGACGAUGAGGAGCUGAUCACGACGCUAGCCAAUUCAAAAGUCGCUUCCGUGCGUAUCGAAGAGCGCGUGGUAGUGCAACAACGAACGGCCAAGGAAAUCGCAGAGGUGCGUGAGUUCAAUCAGCCCGUUGCAGCGCGAAGUUCAGCCCUGUUCUUCGUCGUUUCUGAUUUGGCGAAUAUCGAGAGUAACUACCAGUACAGUCUGGAGUGGUUUGUUUCUAUCUUUUUAGAUAGCAUUGACGCGGCGGACAAGGCUAGAGGCACGGCGAGACUCGAGGCUCUGAAUCGGUCCUUCCUUUUCAAACUCUACGUGAAUAUCUGCCGUUCCCUCUUUGAGAAAGACAAGUUGCUUUUCUCCUUCCUGACUGCGAUCAAGAUGCUUGAAUUCGAUCGCGAAUUGAACAGGAGAGAACUCAACUUGCUAAUGCAGGGCGGCGGUGGCGGUGGGGCACUACGAGAGCCGAAGCCAGACGUUGGAUGGCUCACAGACGUUAGUUGGAGCAAGGUAAGCAUCUAUGUACCAGGGAGGGGGGCCCCCCGUAAGACCUGGCGAGCGCCGUAUAGACCGCAGACCGAAACCCUUUCCCCUUCCGUUCCCCCCUAUUAUAGGGGGGACUUGCUCGCUCCUAUGCGUGACGCGCGUGCCGCGUCAUAAUUGAGCGCGACAGAGCUGUCCGGGGGCGGCCUUAUGAUCGGAGGCAAAUCCAUGGGCGACCUUAUGACCUGAGGGAAAUCCGUCGGCGGCCUUAUGAUCUGAGGCAAGUCCGUGGCUGGCCUUAUGUUCUGAGGCAAAUCCGCGGGCGGCCUUAUAGUCUAGGAAAAGUGUCGCGAUUUCUUUGCUUUGUUCAGCGAGCCGCGAGAGAUGCGAGCCAGUUUGUUACAGCAGGCGGCUGGCGGUGUUCGACGCAAUGGCCCCGACUGUGUGGGUCACCUAUCUUGCUGCAGAGUGGGUGGGCUUGGGCCAGGAAUCGGGAGCGGGUCAGCCGUCUCGACCUCAAGGGGGUCGCCGUGUUUAGUCGAGUCGCCCGCGGUCUGUGGGCCACUCUCAUUGUAGGCCUCUAGGUAGCGCGGGCGCGCUGGUGGUCGGCUGUAGUGGCUUACAAAAAAAGCGCCUCCGAAUGUUUGGAGAAUGAAAGUCGCUCAGGAGACCGCGAGAGCUGUGCGGGGGGUGCUCUUUGUCAGGGUGUGGCGAGGCGCUAAGGAUGGCCCAGCAUAUGGGCGGCGCUUGGCGUGACGCGCGCGGCGGUCUCUCGCUCGCUCAGUCUCAUACUAGUUAGCUAGUGCUGCUGGGGUCCAUCGAAUGAAACGCAAACGGGGGCGCCAAGUCGAUGACCUACAGCAAAACCCAUCAGCCAGCGUCUCCGCGUAAAGUUGGACCACCUUAGAUGAGAUCAUGCGCACGCUUCGCACCCUCACGCGCCUCGCUAAUACUCUCAAGCGUGUCACGCCGUCGGGCGUCACGCUGAUCCCCUCGAUCUCGCGCGUCAGGCUCCUCAGGUGGCUAUGGCGCUCGCAGGGUUCCACGGGGGUUCCCCCCCUGUGGGUGGAGCUGUAGAGGCAUCGGCGCGCCCUUUUUUCUGCGGUUGUGUGAGGUUUUUCGGGGGUGAAGGCCUCAAAAAGCGGAGCCGGAGCCCCUCUACGGCUCUCCGCGUAUGCUUCACAGGCGUCCCGACUCUUGGGCCUUAUCAGGUGGACGGCCUCUGAGGGUAGAAAGCCGCCUCGGCGGCCACGGUCGCGAGGCCUGGCGCCUUUUGCUGGGUUGCCCUCAUCCCCCAAAGAAAUUGGUGGCAGCGUCAGCCGCCACCAAACGCCCGUGGGGGUUGAGGACCAAAGUUGAGGAGGAGUGGGGGCAAAGCGUGCCCGCUUGGGUUCCGUCGGACAUAUGCAGCACCCCCUUGGGAGGCUCGCCCAGUGAGAAGCCCGCACACUUGGGGGAGGUCUGUCGGGGACAUGCAACACGGGGGCAAGGGGGUCAAGCCUUGCCACCUUUGUCGCCUUCGGAAGCCUUCCACCCCCGGCCGUCGGUGCUUGAACGGGCUCAGGGGUUCGGCCGGGUACAUGCAAGAAGCCGCUAGGGCGCGAAGGUGGGCGCUUGGAGGCUUUUCUGCCCGGCAGUCUCUCGGCAAAAAGGGCCCAGGGCUGGCGGCCGCCUCUGCCGCCUCCCUAGAUCGGGGGGGGCCUUCAGCUUUGAGCCGCCCUGGAACACGUACUAGGGAAUGUAUGCCUUAACAAGCGGGAGCAAUUUCUUGCCUACGAGAACCGCUCGAGUUUAUUUAUUGCAACUGUGGCGCUGCCUCGCAAGUUAUUCUCAUCAUAAACUUAAUGAAAAAGCAAUAAAUACACAACUUAAUCAAUGAAAAAGUAGAGCAGCACGAUCAUUCCUUAUAUAUAAUUUCUGUCAAUUCAUCCAUGAUCAGACUACAGGUUCUCGAGCUCGAUAAACUUGGUGAGGACGAGGCUGGCGACGGUGGUAUUCCACUUUUCAAAGACUGGAGUAAACGAUAUGCCAAGAAUAUCGAUGUGUGGGAGAAGGUCUUCGAGAGCGAGAUCCCACAGGAAGCCGAAUGGCCAGAGGGUUUGAACGCUGACCGCUAUGGCCAUACAGACGACACGACCGCAUUGGAACAGGCGUUGAUUUUGUUAGCGUUUCGACCAGAUGGACUGGUGACCAGCAUUCAAGAUAUCAUCAUGGAGAAGCUGGGCAAGAACUACUUGGAGCCACCACCAUUUGACCUAAAAGUGAGUUACCAAGAGUCGAAGCCGCAUAUUCCAUUGCUCUUCGUGCUGACAGUUGGUGCGGAUCCUAUGUCUGCGCUUCUGAAACUGGCUGAAGGACUAGGUAUGCAGGACCGCAUGUUCUUGCUCUCGCUUGGCCAAGGUCAGGGUCCGAAAGCAGACGCUGCGAUUGCAGACUCUACGAAGAACGGCGCGUGGGUUGUGCUGCAGAACUGCCACUUGGCAGAGAGUUACAUGGCGCAGUUGGAGGCGACGUGUGAGAAUUUCAGCCCGAACGAGAUCCACCCUGAAUUCCGGUUGUGGCUCACUGGAAUGCCAGCGAAGCAUUUCCCGGUGUCGAUUUUGCAGAAUGGUGUGAAAAUGACGGUCGAGCCACCGAAGGGACUGAAGCAGAACUUGACAAGAGCCUACUUGGGCUUUGAUGGGGAGUGGAUGGAGACGUGCACCAAGCCACACGCGAUGAAGAAGAUGCUCUUCGGUCUAGCGUUCUUCCACGCCUUGAUCCUGGAGCGACGAAAGUUCGGGCCGCUCGGAUGGAAUAUUCCAUAUGCGUUCUCGGACCCAGAUCGAACCAUUUCGUCAUCACAGCUGAAGAUCUUCUUGGACAGUUACGACGAAAUCCAGUGGGCCGCACUGAACUACCUGGUCGCAGAGGCGAACUACGGUGGUCGUGUCACAGACGGGUCCGAUCGACGCACGAUUAAGUGCAUCCUGUCCGAUUUCUAUUGUCCGGAAAUUCUCGAUGACGACUACAAAUUCUCCACCAGCGGAGUGUACUAUUCACCAGACAGCAGGUACAAUAAAGACAAGUGCCUGGAAUUCAUCGGCACGCUUCCGCUGCAGGAGUAUCCAGAGGCAUUCGGGCUGCAUCAAAACGCAGAUUUGACCGCCAAGAUCUCAGAGGGCAUGGCGAUCAUCAAAACAGCCGUCAAUCUACUCCCACGUGACACAGGCGGCUCAGGCAAGACUUCAGACGAGAUCUGGACCGAAAAAUGUGACGAGAUCUUAGGCUCAAUUCCAUCGAAGCCCUACGACAUCGAGGCGGUACAGCUGAAGUACCCAGUCGACUACAACGAGUCUCUGAACACCGUGCUGCCGCAGGAGUGCACGCGCUUCAACAGAUUACUGGGCAAGAUGCGGGACACCUUGCUAAAUUUGAAGCGAGCAGUGAAGGGUGAGGUGGUGAUGACCCCAGAACUGGACUUAGUCGGCGAGGCAUUUCUCGCAAACGCGGUCCCAGAACCGUGGCUGAAGGUGAGCUUCCCUUCGCUAAAACCUUUGGGCAGCUACGUCCCAGAUUUCAUGCGAAGAUUAAAACAGUUUGACGGCUGGAUUGCAGAUGGUCCACCACCGCUCUUCUGGAUCACCGGCUUCUUCUUUGCGCAAGCAUUCUUUACAGGUGCGCUUUAUUGAUACUCGCUUCGCGACUAAAGCAUACAAAAAAUACUAACCGGUUAUUUUUACUUCGAUCUAGUAGAAUGAAAUAGAAUCCCCUUUCGCGAUCGCGGCGAGUGUUCCUUUCCUUUUUCCGAGCACUGAUGUUAUAAAAUACGUUGGUCUUGUUAGUUUUCUAGUUUCUUUGGCAAAUAGAUAUAUGCUUUCUGAGAUGUCCAUAUGUGAAAUAUUCAAGCCUAACUUAGACUUACUUCUUAUUAAGUUCGUCUUAUGCAUCAAAUCCUGAUCAGGUUUGCUCCAGAAUUUUGCGCGAAAGACGAAGUAUCCCAUUGAUCAGUGCAUGUGGAAUUUCUAUGUUCAGAAGCGUGCGUUUGAGGUCAAAGAGAAGGCGCCGUUGGGUUGCUACGUCUAUGGUUUGAUCAUGGAAGGCGCCAGGUGGGACGACGACGUGAUGGGUAUCAACGAAUCCUUUCCUAAAGUGCUGUUUGACGAGCUCCCGACCAUGCUGAUGGACCCGGUGCUGAAUACAGCAGACAACACGCCCGUGCUGGUGUACCCAUGUCCGGCCUACAAGACGAGUGCACGCCGCGGUGUGCUGAGCACUACAGGACACUCUACAAACUUUAUCAUGACAGUGAUGCUCCCGAUUCAGUCACAGCACACGGAAAAGUACUGGGUCAAGCGAGGCACAGCACUACUCUCGCAGCUAGACGAUUAAGAGUCUUAGACUUUGAUAAACCUUUGUCGAAUUAUAGGAGGACAAGAUGGUGAAAGAGGCGAGGGAGAAGUGAUUUGGUUUUUGGUCUAUCCUUACGCGGGAAUAUUGUCUUCUUGGUUGAAAUCGCUUUUCUAGUACUGCAAUCUAUCAUUUCCAGUUAUGACAAACUUCAAAAGAUAUAAAUAUUAACUAUUUUAUUGCUUGACGCACAUUCUGUAUAUAUUGUUUGACGAACAUUCUCCACAGGCAUCUGUUACUAACAUGUUUUUUCCCUUUGAUUUGAAUUACGAACAGUAGCACAUGUCUUUUUCUUUCAGAUUUAUGUACUGACGUUAUGUUCGCGUUCAGGGCCAGGAUGCACUGUUUUGCAGUACCAGGCUCUAGCCGCGCUACCGAAGAGCAAGCGCUAUCUACUUGAGACCUUUUUUUUUCUCCUACUAACUGGUCGCAUGAAAGAACAAGGAACCUCACGCACGAAAAUUAUCACUACCCUACUCAGAUAAAUAUUGAUUCAAAAUGCUUGUGCUGACCAUGCUACAUUUUCGUGCCAGGAUCUCUUUUUAUACUUGGUUAGACAAUUUAAGUACAUCGAUUGAUAGAAUGCUGAAAAAAGAGCAAAAAUGAGGACCGAAAAUAGCUGGAACUAUGACAGUGUGUACGCGAGUGAACAGAGGAGUGUGGAAGUUAGGUAUGGGCGCAGAUGUGGAGGAUUUUCACGGCUGCAGGCGGUCACGGGACACUUAACAAUUAGGCGUGGUCACGACCGCCUGUCGUUGUGUGAGUAUGAAUCUUAAGGGAUGAGCUUGCUUGUUUCUCCACAUAGAGGACGCGCGACCGACAACGACAAGCUUUCGCAUGAAAAGCAUACACCACGCGACAAGGACGUGUGUAGUUAAUCUUGCGAAGUACUAUGGCAAUGAAUCGGAUAGAUUUGUGAAAAUUGGUUAGGCGUUCUAUAGCGUAAUUAUCAUGUGCUGCUUCCGGCAGCAAAAUCAAGGCGAUUCACAGAGAGUUUCUUCGUUUUGCUUGUACAGUGAGUCCAUAAAGUGUUGGUUUUUACGUUUGAAACAAAGUAGGUUACGAUUUGUAGCCGAUCUACAGAAAUUAUCACAAUCACAAAUUAGUGUCGUGGUUCAUUAAAUUUCAUAUUCAUCUAAUGUGCGGUUCUAAAUUAAUUUUAAUAAAUUGGUACUUAACAUUACGGUCUGUGUGAAGAAAUACUGAGUUCAAUGGCUUUUUAUUUUUUUCAUGUGUAGGAUGCCCAUGCCGGUCUCGAUCGGUGGAGAUCCUGGUUUUUAUACUUAUUCAUAUAUACUUCCUUCAACCAAUACUUAUAUACCUAUUAUAUUCAUGAAAGCAGAAAAGCAAUAAAGAGUGAUGCCAUUAUUGAUGUGCAUCCCCAAAAAUCUUACUAAUGAAACGAACCUAUUCUGGAUUGCGAGCUCUCAUUUCCUCUUAGGACGACGACCCCUGAGUUUGUUGUGAUGUACAUUAAAUCUAAGCGACCUGUGAUGUUUCAAGACCCAAAAUGACACUGAAUUUGCGAGCAGUAAAUAGGAGUGUUGAGCAUUAU